UAUUCAUCAAGAAAGAAAAUGCCAACAAGUUCUUGGAAAGAACAAAACGUGCUAACUCUUUUUUGGAGGAAUUGAAGAAAGGGAAUAUUGAAAGAGAAUGCAAUGAGGAGCGCUGUUCAAAAGAAGAAGCAAGAGAAGCCUUUGAAGACCAGGAGAAAACUGAGGAAUUCUGGAACGUCUAUGUAGAUGGGAACCAGUGCAGCUCAAAUCCUUGUCACUAUGGUGGACAUUGUAAAGAUGGAAUUGGUUCCUACACUUGCUUGUGCUUGGAUGGUUAUCAAGGCAAGAACUGUGAAUUUGUCAUACCAAAAUACUGCAAAAUAAACAACGGUGACUGUGAACAGUUCUGCAGCAUCAAAAAAACCACACAGAAGGAUGUUUUGUGUUCCUGUGCAACAGGGUAUGUUCUAGCAGAGGAUGGCAAACGCUGUGCUUCUUCAGUAAAGUAUCCUUGUGGAAAAGUUUUUGUGAAAAGGAAAAAAAGGUCAGUUAUUUUACCUGCUGAUAAUAGCAAUGUAACUAGUGAUCAAGAUGACCCUUCCACAAAUGGAACAAGUUUGGAGGAGGCCAUUGUUACUACCGCAGAAAGCCCAACCGCCCGUCCUGGCAAUGAAACAGGCAGCAAGACUCCAUAUGUCGAUACCAGGAUAGUAGGUGGUGAGGAGUGUCUUCUUGGUGAAUGUCCGUGGCAGGCUGUUCUGUUAAAUCAGGAAGGGGAAGAGUUUUGUGGUGGAACUAUUUUGAAUGAGAAUUUUAUACUGACUGCAGCUCAUUGCAUGAACCAGUCUAAAGAAAUCAAAAUUGUUGUUGGUGAAGUGGACAGAGAAAAGAAAGAGCAGUCUGAAACGAUGCAUACUGUGGCAAAAAUACUUGUUCACCCUAAAUACAUCGCUGAGACUUACGACAAUGACAUAGCCUUAAUAAAGCUGAAGGAACCGGUAACGUUUUCUGAGUACGUUAUUGCAGCGUGCCUCCCGGAAGCAAGCUUUGCUAAUGAAGUUCUGAUGAACCAAAGGUCUGGGAUGGUUAGUGGCUUUGGGCGUGAAUUUGAAGGUGGACGACUAUCCAAAAAACUAAAAGUGCUUGAAGUCCCCUAUGUUGAUAGGAGCACUUGUAAGCAAUCCACUAACUUUGCGAUAACGGAAAACAUGUUCUGUGCCGGUUACGAGACAGAGCAAAAAGAUGCUUGUCAAGGAGACAGUGGAGGCCCCCAUGUAACCAGAUAUAAGGAAACUUACUUUGUUACUGGAAUUGUUAGCUGGGGAGAAGGAUGUGCAAAGAAAGGCAAAUACGGUGUCUAUACCAAACUGUCCAGGUUCUUACGCUGGGUAAGAAUGGUCAUGAGACAACAUUCGUAG